AUCUUAAGAUUCGGCCGUGCGGCACUGUACAAUGUUAUCCAGCGCCGAUCGCAAUCUAAGUCUUGCAACGGUAACUUUUCGGCAUAAACUCACAAUUUAAUCCAAUUAUUACCUGACACGUGUCCCACAUCCGACCCCAACGGUCGUCUUUCUUCUUCAUCAUCCUUUGACCCAAAAUAUAAAAAGACAGAACACAAAACUCAGAAAAUGCAACAACAAAAAAAAAAAAUAUCUGAAACAAAAAUGGUGAAUCAAAGAUAUCUACAAGAAGAAGAAGAAGAAGAAGAAAAGGAGAAUUAUCCUCUUAUUACAACCAAAGUAGUUGAGUAUUUGCAGCCAGUAAUGUGUCGAGAGCUUCUCUGCAAAUUUCCAGAUAACUCUGCUUUCGGAUUUGACUACACACAGAGCUCUCUUUGGUCUCCUCUCUUGCCUCGAAAUUACGCUAGUCCUUCAGAUCUAGACUCCGACAGUUGCGUUUGUCGGAAUCUUAAGCUUGGAGAGUUUCAAGUAGGCAAGAAGAAGAAGAUGAAGAUGUCAAUGAAGAAGAAGAACAAGAAGAAGAGUAAAUUACUGAAAUUAGACAUAACUUCGAUGAAGAAUGAUGAUGAUUCUCCUAAAAUUGGUUGCUUUCCUAUUCAUACCAAGGGAUGGAAUGGUGUGUUAAAGGCAGCUUCAAAACAUUUCAAGAAACCGAAAAAGAAGAGAGAUUCAGUGGCUGAUGCUAAGCUACUCGACUUCAAAUGCUAAGAUUAUAUCCACAUUAAUUUUAAUUUGAUUUGUUUGUUCUAUCCUUUUAAGUAUUCAACAUUACUAUAUCGUUGAUGAGUUGAUUCAAUUUGUUUAUUAAAAAAAAAUUGGUCUUGAA